AUGGCAAAAAAGAAAUCACGAUCAGGUUUACUUAAAGCACCUAAAACCAUUACUGGAAAACAUGGCAUUCCUAAAAGUUUAAAGCCACAAAGGGCGAGAGAAAUUAUACGAAGAUUUCAUGUGUUACAGAAGAGUAAAGAUUCCGUACUAGCCAAACUUCAAAAGAUCAUUUCACAAAUCUCCAAAACUGACUACCAUCAAGUUGAAGAAAUGUCUACUUAUCAAGAAGCUUUUAAAGGGUUUGUUUUACCUUUGAAAUAUUCGGAAAACCCAAUAUACAAAAUAGACAACACUCUCAAUAAGAAUGAUCUAAUCAAAAUAUUGGCAUGUAUAGAUGCUGAAAUCAAACAGCGUGGAGGAAUUGAAGCCUACCAAUCUGCAUCAACUCAAGGACAAGCGGGCAAAAGAGGUGGAGAUUCUUCUAAAAAGUUGGUAGAAUGGUUGAAACUGGACUUGUACAAACAGAAACUUCAGCAUGUGAAUGCCUUAGAAAUUGGCUGUCUUAGUCCGUAUAAUGCAAUAUCCACAAGCUCGAUAUUUGAAGAUGUCGUUCGUAUUGAUUUGAAUUCCCAAAACUCAUUGAUACUUGAACAAAACUUUAUGGAUCGACCUAUUCCCCAAAAAGAGUCGGAAAAGUUUAAUCUAAUCUCCUGUUCUUUGGUUUUGAAUUUUGUCCCUUCACCAAAAGAAAGAGGAGAGAUGUUGCUUCGAAUAACUAAGUUUUUGAAAAACCCUAAAAAGUCAAUGAGUGCCUUGUUUUUAGUAUUGCCAUUACCUUGUGUUUCUAAUUCCCGAUAUUUCGAUAGCAAGAAGCUAAUAGAAUUAAUGACCGUAUUGGGAUUUACUCAGACGUUUUCUUAUGAGGGAAAUAAGGUGGUCUAUUGGUUAUUUGAUUGGAAUGGGAAAGUGAAUUUGAAGAAAAAAUUUUGCAAGAAAGAGCUACACUCGGGAUCUAAUAGAAAUAACUUUUGCAUAACACUAGCAUGA